AAGGGUAGAACUGGGAAGACAAAUAGAAUUAAACUGGGCCUUAUCUUCUCGAGUACUUGACUGCAUAAAAUACUUAUAUAUAUAUUCUUAUAUAUACUGGUGUACGUAUACAAUUGCAGAGUUCGCAUUAACCCUAGAAAGGCGGAAAAGUGGAAAUUGAAAAGGAAUAAUACUGAACACCGAUUCAGAUAUUUAGGGUUUCGGAAAAUUCAGGUUGUCGAUUACACAAGCUGCAUAAUCGUCCUUUCAAACGACAUACUCAGAUGUCGAGUCACGAGUUUGAUGGGAAUGCCGAUUCUCCAUCUCACGCGGAGUCACCUGAAACUGAAGGGAUGGAGCAACAAGCUCGCAAGAGGUCAUCAAGUGGAGGCUCCAAGCAUGCAUCCCGUGAUGAAGUGAGGGACAAAGAAAGGGAGUCCUCCAGAAGCAGGGACAAAGAAAGGGAAAGAGGUCGAGAUAAAGACCGUGAGAGGGAUGUAGAUAAGGGCAGAGAGAGAGAAAGGGAGAGAGGCAGAGAUAGGGAGAGGGGCAGGGAUAAAGAUAGGGACAGCGAUCGAGACAAGGAUCGUGAUCGUCAUCAUCGAGACCGCCACAGGGAUCGAGGUGAGAGAAGGGAGAGGACCAGAGAUAGAGAUGAUGAAGAUGACUAUCGCAGAAGCCGAGACUAUGACAGGCGUAGAGAUUACGACAAAGAUAGGGAGGAUAGACACAUACGGAGAUCUAGAUCACACUCUAAGCCUAUAUCCGAGCGCAGAUCAAGGUCACGAUCUCGUUCACGCUCCAAAAGCAAAAGGAUGAGUGGUUUUGACAUGGCACCUGCUGCUAAUUUGCUUUCUAGUGCUGCUGCCGCUGCUGCUGCUGUUUCAGGUCAGCUGCCUGGAGCUACCCCCGCCAUUCCUCCGAUGUUUCCUAAUAUGUUACCACAGUUUGGAGCACUCCAAAUGAUGCCCGUUCAAGCGAUGACUCAGCAGGCUACCAGACAUGCUCGACGGGUCUAUGUUGGUGGUCUCCCUCCAACUGCUAAUGAACAGUCUGUGGCAACGUACUUCAGUCAUGUAAUGUCAGCAAUUGGAGGGAACACUGCCGGGCCAGGAGAUGCUGUGGUGAAUGUUUAUAUUAACCAUGAGAAAAAAUUUGCUUUUGUGGAGAUGCGAUCUGUUGAAGAGGCUAGCAAUGCAAUGGCUUUAGAUGGCAUUAUCUUUGAGGGUGCACCAGUUAAAGUGAGACGACCGAGUGAUUAUAAUCCCUCAUUAGCUGCCACUCUUGGACCCAGUCAACCUAAUCCUAAUCUGAAUCUCUCAGUUGUUGGUUUGUCACCUGGCUCUGCUGGUGGGCUUGAAGGCCCUGACCGCAUAUUUGUCGGUGGGCUACCAUAUUAUUUCACAGAAUCACAGAUUAGGGAGCUGCUCGAGUCCUUUGGUCCUCUUCGGGGCUUUGACCUGGUUAAAGAUAGAGAAACGGGGAACUCGAAAGGCUAUGCAUUUUGUGUUUACCAGGAUUUAUCAGUUACUGACAUUGCCUGUGGAGCUCUUAAUGGGAUAAAGAUGGGUGAUAAGACCCUCACUGUCAGGCGUGCUAACCAGGGUACAACACAACCUAAACCCGAGCAAGAGAGUGUGCUAUUGCACGCCCAGCAACAAAUAGCAUUGCAGAGGUUUAUGUUAGCAGCACCCAGUGGUGCACCAGCUACAAAGGUUGUGUGCUUAACGGAAGUGGUUAAUCCGGAGGAGCUCAAGGAUGACAAUGACUAUGAAGAUAUAGUAGAAGACAUGAGAACUGAAUGUGCAAAGUUUGGUACGCUGGUGAAUGUGAUAAUUCCGCGCCCCCUCCUCGAUGGUGACAUGGCAGCAGGUGUAGGAAAGGUGUUCUUGGAGUACACGGACACUGAAGGUGCAACGAAAGCUAGACAAGGACUGAAUGGAAGAAAAUUUGGGGGAAAUGAAGUUUUGGCUGUCUUCUAUCCAGAAAAUAAAUUUGCCGAGGGAGAUUACAGUGGCUAGUGACUUUUUUUUUUUUACUAGUAUAUUUUUUGUUAUAUAUAAUAUAGGAGGUUUAUGUUACUUAUUAAGCAGCUUCCAUUUUUUUUUUAUUUGUUGCUAGAUUUUGUUCGAGGACCUAUUUUAACGCAGUCAAGAAAUCGUCGCUUCGAAUUCGAAAACCAUAAUGUAUGUCUUCAGUAUAUGAUAUUAUGGUUGCCUGGUGUAAUGUGCAUUUAUUUGUGACG